UGGUGGAGGAGGUGGUGGAGGAGGAGGCGAAGGCCUUGUCGAGGAGACGCAGCUGAAUGGACAGACGGAUCAGCCGAAUAUCUCGCGAGAGGAGGAGAUGGAUGCCGUGGACUCCGAUGACUUCCGCAGUUCAGGGAGGAAUCCAGGUUCGGUCGAUGAUGCCUCCGGUGAUCGCCGUGGCCUUGAUGAGUUUGCCAACUCCGAGGAAGACCUGGACGUUGAGGAGGAGCAGGAGGAGACCCACGAGUCCGAACGGGACGAGCACCUCGCCUUGGCUCCGGGAGCCAAGGGGGGACGAGAUGGAGAUGACCCACGGGAGGAACGGGAGGCUGGGUGGGCCAUGCCAGGGUCCAUCCAGGCUCUGCCACAAAUGGUCUCGGACGCUCUGCACAGACAGCAGCGGCAGCAGCAGCAGCAGCAGCCUAAGGAGCAGCAGCUGACGGGAAUCGAUCCCGACUCCUUCCAGCUGACGCGCGAAUUCCUGACGGACCUCCCCGCGGACGCCAUCCACUACGACCUGCAGAUGUCCUCAGGUCCUCCGGCAGUCGCGCUCUUGGACGAGUGGGCGCCAGCGGUGCCCGCCUCUCGCUCGGACCGGACGGGCGAGGACGUGCGGACCGCCGGGACGAGGAAGACGACAACGACCAUCAACCCCGACCCGUUCCUCUCCUCCCCGCCAGACGGAGGCGGCCUUGAAGGAUCCGCCGAAGAGCUGCUCGUUAUCCUCGCUCCGUCCGCAGAGGAGAAGGGAGUGGGGCAGGAGGGGCUGCAGCAGGAGGAGACGAGUCGCCUGAAUCUCAACCUGCAGCUGCAGCAGGAGUAG